AUGGCUGAGGACACGCCAAUCUCAUCAAAGGUGCUACCUGAGAAGAACUGCCACCACCAAGGACUUGAAGUUGAAUCGCUGGAUGUUCCGCCUUCUGUUUCUUCACAAAGUGUCUCCAAUGAUUUCGAUGAUGACGGGAGGCUGAAGAGAACCGGGACGGUUUGGACAACAAGUGCGCAUAUUAUUACAGCAGUAAUUGGUUCAGGAGUCUUGUCUUUGGCUUGGUCCAUGGCGCAGCUUGGAUGGGUUGCUGGUACAUCUGUGAUGUUGCUGUUUGCCUUUGUCACAUACUAUACUUCCAUUAUUCUGUCUGCUUGUUACCGAACAGGAGACGGGAAAAGAAAUCAUACCUAUAUGGAGGCUGUGAAAUCCAACCUCGGAGGCUUUCAAGUGAAAUUGUGUGGAGCAAUUCAAUACCUGAAUCUUGUUGGAACCGCCAUUGGUUACACCAUUGCAGCUUCCAUAAGCAUGGUGGCAAUCGAGAAGUCCAACUGUUUUCAUUCUAGCCACCACAGAGAUCCAUGCAAAGUUUCCAGCAAUCUCUACAUGAUUAUGUUCGGAGUUGUGCAAAUAUUUUUCUCCCAAAUCCCUGAUUUCCACCGAAUUUGGUGGCUCUCAAUCGUUGCUGCGGUGAUGUCUUUUACUUACUCUAUGAUCGGUCUCGGCCUUGGAGUUGGAAGGGUUGGAGAAUCAGUGAUUUCGAUGCUUAUGCCAUUCUUCAACGACGUAGUUGGCAUUCUUGGAGCUAUUGGAUUUUGGCCUCUGACGGUGUACUUCCCAGUUGAAAUGUAUAUUGUGCAAACAAAGAUACAAAAAUGGAGCCGAAAAUGGAUAUGCCUACAGAUGUUGAGUGUCGCAUGCUUGAUCAUAUCGAUUGCUGCUGCUGCUGGUUCUGUUGCUGGAGUUGUUACUGAUCUUAAAACUUACACACCCUUCAAGACAAGUUACUGAACUGUUUGAUGAUGAAUAUUGUAGGUUCUGUACUAGCUUAGAGUAUAAACUUCAAAUUGUACUUGAUUAAUCGAAGUUUGUAGUUUACUUUCUAUUCCCAUUUUUGGCCUCUUUUGUUGGAC